AAGCCUUCGGCUCUGACGACCGACACGUCGGCGGCGGCAUCCCGGACCCCGAGCCGGCCGCCGCGUCCUGGAGCAGUGCUGCUGAGCCGGUCAAGUCCAACCAGCGUCGGGCGGCGCCCCACUCCCACCUAACCCGGAUCAACCCGCGGUAGGCGCCAUGAGGAAGACCUUCUGCUUCGGGGGCAGCCGCGUGGCCAAGAGGAUAUCGGAGCGGGCGCCGAUGUCCGACGGGUGCGUGUUCUGCGACAUCGCCCGCCGCGCCCCCACCUCCACCACCGCCCUCCUCUAUUCCGAUGACAAGGUCGUUGCGUUCCGGGACAUCAACCCGUCGGCGUUCAGGCACUAUCUUGUCAUACCCAUUGAUCAUAUACCAACUGUAAAUAGCCUCCGCAAAACAAAAGAUGAUCACCAGUUAGUCAGCCACAUGGUGAAGGUGGGGAAAGACUUGCUCAAUCAAGAUGCUCCCAAUUCUGAGGAACACAGGCUUGGGUUUCAUCAACCGCCAUUUAAUAGUGUUGAUCACCUUCAUCUUCAUUGCCUCGCACUGCCAUUUAUGCCCAGUUGGAGGCAAGUGAAAUAUACCCCUCUGGGACCUUUAGGGGGUUUUCUGGAAGCUGAAAAGCUAUUGGAAAGGAUAAAACCAGAAGCAGAAGUGUACAGUUAGCAUCCAUACUUUGACCGGUACCUGCUAUUCCUGCUUUUAUUGACUACUUUGUACUAUUCUUUCUGGUCCGUAUACUCUCUGUAUGUGAUGUGUUUAUUUACAUCGUUUCCUUUUUCUUAAAUCUUGUGUCCUGAUUUGUACUUAUUGUGUUUUAUGAUCACUGUUUAGACUUCUGGAAAUACAAAAGACUAGAUCUGAUAUUUUAGAACUGAAUGAUCCUAGCUACUCUAGAGGUUGAACUGAGUUUUCAUUCUGUGGUUAUGUAUUGAAAUUUGAAUAAGUGCCCAUCAGCACAAUAUUAAUGAGAAGUUACUCGGCGAUUUUAAUAGGUAAGAAAUCAUAACUUAUCCCUUGUGCUUUGGUACCUGUAAAUCUCAGUCAAACAGAUACUGGUGAGCAAGCCAUAUAAAUGUAUGAGAAGAAACAGUUCCUUGGUAGAACUUUCUUGUUAAGUCAGGAAGUUAAGUAUGGGGAUGAAUGCGAUAAAGAACUUCAAACAGACCUGCUAUGUGCUUAUGACUCCACUGGUGUUCACUGAAGAUCUCUUUGGUCAGCUCACAUCAGGCUGGUAUACUUGCUAUUGCAUCAAGCCUGUUGUAUAGGGAGUUUCCUUUUAGGUCGGACAGUCCGUGGCUAAAAAAAGGCAAGACAAUCUACCUUUGGAUUUGGUUCAUGGCAUGUUGCAGUGUCAUCACCAUUGAUUAGGCAGGUCGCAACUAUCAUAUGAUUGUUCCCAGUUAGCUAUUGCUGUCUCAUUCAAUCUUGGAACUCGUAAAGAAAUGCAGCUUGUGGACUUUGGUGUCCAGCUGAAUGCAUUAUUGGAAGUACCACAGCAUAGAGACCUUGUGGUAAUGCUGAUGGGCACGUAAACCUGCUCUCCUGCAGCAGUACUUGGGAAGCACCAACUGUUGUUUGCCCCCUUCUAACAUCUCUUUUUAUUGCAUAAUUGCCAUCUUCCCUCUGCUGGGUCCCAUUGUCUGCGGCUACCUGCUACAGGUCUGUUGCCUGGCUGCCAGUUUGUUUUUGUGUCUUAUUGUGGCAUGGAUGCCAUAUGAUUACUGCUUAAUAUAAUUUCUAUCUACUAGAGACUAGACUGCUA